GGAGCCUAGCGGUUCCCUCCCACGCAGUGUGCUCAGACAGGCCAGAAACCCGCUCGUCAUGUCUGCUGCAGAGGAGGGGGGUGUUUUCCGCAGAGCCCGGGGCAGGACUCUGGACGCGUUUCCCGAAGAAAAGGAAAGAGAAUGGAAAGGACCGUUCUAUUUCAUCCAAGGUGCAGACCCACAGUUUGGACUGAUGAAGGCCUGGGCCACCGGGGACUGUGACCGUGGCGGUGACGAAUGGGAACAGGAGAUCCGUCUCACUGAGCAGGCUGUCCAGGCCAUCAACAAACUGAUCCCCAAACCCAAAUUCUUUGUUCUGUGUGGCGACCUCAUCCAUGCCAUGCCAGGUAAGACUUGGGUGGUCCUUGUGACCUUUUCUCCUUCAACCAGUUGA